AUGAUUCCAAUCGCUAGAUAUUCAGUGCUACGGGCUGCCCGGUCCCAAAUUCAACCAACUCGUACUCUGGGACAGUCGGCGCUUGCCCGCCUUCUUUCGACCCUCGCCGUCCUUGAGCAGCGUGAUGGCAAGCUGCAGAACUCAUCACUAUCCGCUAUUGUGGCAGCACAGAAGCUUGGUGGUCCGGUAACAGCCUUCCUAGCUGGAAGUGGUGUCAAGGGCACCGCUGCUGCCGAGGCGGCCAAGAUCCAAGGCAUUGAGAAAGUUAUUGCUGUGGAGAGCGACGCAUAUGAGAAGGGUCUUCCGGAGAACUAUGCCCCGCUCCUCGUCGAGAAUAUCAAGAAGGGCGAAUACACUCACAUCGUGGCUGGUCACUCAGCUUUCGGUAAGAGCCUUCUACCACGUGUUGCUGCUCUCUUGGAUGUUCAACAGGUUUCGGAUAUAACCGGAAUUGAGAGUGAGGACACCUUUGUUCGUCCCAUCUACGCCGGUAACGCCAUAUUGACCGUUCAGUCGACCGACAGCAUCAAAGUGAUCACUGUUCGUGGUACUGCCUUCCAAGGGGUCGAGACAGAAGGUGGCUCUGCCGAGAUUGUGGAUGGCGUGGACUCAAAUGCCCCCUCCCAGACCGAGUGGGUGUCCGAGGAGCUGACCAAGUCCGAACGUCCUGACCUCUCCACUGCAACCCGCGUUGUGUCUGGCGGCCGUGGUCUCAAGUCCAAGGAAGAGUUUGAUCGUAUUAUGAUUCCGCUGGCUGACUCUCUUGGUGCCGCUAUCGGUGCUUCCCGUGCUGCUGUCGACAGUGGGUUCGCCGACAACAGCUUGCAGGUUGGACAGACUGGCAAGAACGUGGCUCCUCAGCUUUACCUCUGCACUGGUAUCUCCGGUGCUAUCCAGCACUUGGCUGGUAUGAAGGACAGCAAGGUCAUUGCUGCUAUCAACAAGGAUGCCGAUGCGCCUAUCUUCCAAAUUGCUGAUGUUGGCCUUGUCGGUGAUCUUUUUGAAAAGGUGCCUGAGUUGACCGAAAAAUUGAAAAGCGCUUAG